ACAAGGCGCCUUUUGCGACUGGGAAAUUAUGGCGGGAGUCCAUGUUUCUGGACCGGGGCCUCCCAGUCAUACCUCCCCAACCAAAGUUGCUCUCCCUAGUACCUCCCGUAACCAGGCACGUGAUGCUGAGUCUCGCAAGGAGAAAAAAAUUGGACACAGACGUGUUACAGAAGAAGGAACUGUCACGUACAAGAAGAAACCUACAUCAGAACUUCAAGGAGCUAUUCAACUUGGCAUACAACAUCAUAUUGGUUCAUUACAGCAAAAACCUGAUCGUGAUCUUUUAUACGGAGAUUUUAAUAUUAUCGAUACGGUUAAUUUUCCUCGUGAAGGCACGAAAACAACACAAGCCCAUCCAUAUUCAGAUUUCCGAUUUAGAAUUUAUGCUCCUGUGGCUUUUCGAUGUUUCCGAAAGUCAUAUAAAUUGGAUAUUCGUGAUUUCUUAAACUCUUUAUGUAGCCAAUCACUUCAAGAGCUUUCAAACCCCGGUGCAAGUGGUUCCAUUUUUUAUAUUAGUCAAGAUGAUGAAUUCAUCAUUAAAACUGUACAACAUAAAGAAGGUGAAUUUUUACAAAAAUUAUUACCAGAAUAUUUUAUGAAUUUAAUGCAACAUCCUCGUACUUUAUUACCAAAAUAUUACGGUCUUUAUUGUUAUCAGUCUGGACAUAAAAAUAUUCGAUUUGUUGUCAUGAAUAACCUACUACCUUCUUCCGUACGUAUUCAUGAAAAAUAUGAUUUAAAAGGAUCUACUUAUGGUCGCCAGGCCAGUGAUGCUGAACGCGCUAAAAGUUCACCAACUCUAAAAGAUCUCGAUUUUAUUGAGAAUCAUCCAGAUGGAAUCUGGUUAGAGGCAGAAACCUAUGAUGCUUUGCUCAAAACGAUAGAAAGGGAUUGUCUCGUACUCAAGUCUUUUAGAAUUAUGGACUACUCCCUUCUUUUAGGUAUACACAAUUUGGAUCAAGCUAAACGUGAACGACUCGCUCAAAAACAUGCAUCUGAAAAACAAUCUAGUGUAAAUGAACAUGGUGAUGAGUCGUCUGACUUAUCUCCGAAUUCAAUUCCAAAAAUUAAAUCCAACGGAUUAGUAUCACAUAUUUCUAAUAAGAGUAAUGGCAAUAACACUGAUCGGUCUACUUCACCAUCAAAUGGUGUAGGUAUUGGUGGACUUAUAGGUGCUGUCAAUGAGAGCAGUAAUAAAACAUCACCAUCUUCUCCAAAUGGUUCACAAUUACCUACACGUCAUGCUCAUUUCACAUCUGGUGUUGAUGAUGAAAUAAAAACACCAAGUGAUCAUAUUACUAACAAUGAUGAAGAGGAUAAAUCGGUGUUUCAACGCGGCGUACAUAAAUCACAUUCACAAAAACGUGUUGUUGCUUAUUGUACUGCUAUGGAAUCCAUUAAAGCAAGCUCAGAACCGGUUGAAUUGGAAUCAGAAGAACGUGAACUUAUUCCAUCUGGAGGUAUUCCCGCACGUGAUACUAACGGUGAUAGAUUGUUGUUGUAUAUUGGUGUUAUUGAUAUUUUACAAAGUUAUCGAAUUUUAAAGAAAAUGGAACAUGGUUUCAAAUCUUUGGUAGCUGAUGGAAAAACUAUUUCUGUCACACAUCCGUUAUAUUAUGCUCAACGUUUUCAAGAGUUUAUUGGUCGUACAGUUUUCAAACGUAUACAGUCUCUUGAUGAACCGAAUGUUUUUGGACCGCAUACAUCACGAUUCAGGCGAUAUGUUCAUAUGGCUCAAGCAGCUGUUGCAUUAAAGCAAAGUACUUCCAAACGUCUUCAUCGUCCUAUGGCUGCUAUCAAAACUCUAGAUGAUACGAUUGAUUUGGCUGACAAAGGAACAACAUAUGAAAGUGUUAAAUCGACAGAUGUUUCACCUUUGUAUAGAUCAGAUCGAAACAGCUCAACUCAAGCGCUCAUCUACUAUACAUCGUUUAAUAACAUCAGCUUUACGAAAUACGAUGUGCGGUGUCCAUCCGAAGUCCAAAGUUGUAACGGUACAUACUCAAGAAAAAGCUCAUAUUCUAGUUCACCAUCAAAACAGCCUUAUGCGAUUAGAAGUAAAUUGGGAUCCAAUUCCUCCAACAUUGCGCCAAUCACAAAAAUGCCGAACCGGUACCGUAGUACGGGCGAACUCAAUCGAAGGAUCUCCACUCCAGAAUCAUCAAUUUUUACCAUGUCGUCUGAAAAUGACCAAGGACCAAUUACAGGAAAUAAUUACAGUAGAAGAUUUAAACCACAAUCCGGAUACAGAUCUACCGCUUUAAUAUCUUCAUUUAAUAAUAAUAAUAAUAAUCAACGUAUCCUACAUUUGUACGAUAUAUUAGCAGCUGAUAUUGAACGUACACCUAGUCAAAUUAGUUUCAGUACAUCAAGUUCAAGUGAUAGAUAUUCAAAUAUUGCUGAUAAACACAUUAAUGAUAGUCAGAAUAAUCUAUCAUCACCACUUAACAAAUCAUCUUAUUAUGACCAUAAUUUAUUACAAAUAGUCAAUAAUCAACCAAAAUCAUGUGGCAUUACACAAAAUAGUCAUCAAAUAUCAUCGUAUCAAGUUGAUACUUCUCUUUUUAAUUCACAAGUACUUCCGUCAAACAUUGAUAAAAAUAAUAAUAGUGAUAAUAAUAGUACAUUAAAAAUAAGUGAUGAAUCGUCUGAUUUGAUAAACAAUAUUAAAAAGAGACAAUCUAAUCGACUCAGUCAGAUUGAUUGUGCUUCAUUAGAGAAAUUCAUGAAUGAUGCUUCUUCAACACUCUCCUCUCCCAUCUAUGAUCCUUAUGGGAUGGCAUUUAAAAUUCCUAGUUGGUCAUCAUCACCUUCUACAAUCGCAUAUCACCGUAAUCAUCACCAACCAUAUAAUCGUCGUCGUCCUCUACCAGCCCUAAUUACUGAUAAACAGCAAGAUUGUCCAGUUCCUUCUUCACGUAGUUCUAUCAAAUCAUCUGGAAGUAUAUCACGACCUGUCCCGAUACUUAGUGAAUCAUUUAUAAGAAAGCGUCAAUGUCGAAAAGUGAAUUGAAAAUCUCCUAACAGAAUAAUAGAAUCUAAACAAAAUGUACUUGUACAUAGUAUGUAAUUCUUUUUUUAAAAACAACAAGCAGGAAUGAUCUAUUUUGUACGAUACCAUAAGCCAACAUCUGCGAAUCAAUUGUAUUUACGACCAUUACUAUUUUUCUAAUUCUCAAGUACACUUAGCAUAUAACUAUACAUAUAGUAUAAUUAAGUACUCUCGAUACUCGUCGUUACUAACCAAUAAAGAUCUAUCCGCUUUCCCCAAACUUAUCUCAUAAAAGCGAUCUGUUUAAUGUUAUUUAUGCAUAAAUAUAUAUAUUCACUGUUUGUUUUGCCAUACCGUAUUGCGUCUACAUUAUGUUGUUUGUCGAUUUUCUCAAUGUUUGCGUCGUUGUUAUUCAUAUUCAAGAGUAUAAAUAUUCUAUUAUUUGAUACAAUUAUUCUAACAAUAAUAUUGUAAACAAUUACACACCAUAUAGUUUAUUCAAAUCGUUGUUGUAAAUACAUGGAUAUACACAUAUUGAUUCUUUACUAUGCGACAUAUCUUUCGAUACCUAUAUGUAUACAUAAUAGAAAUCCUGUCUUUGUUUUUCAACUUGGAAUUACUUGUUUGUUUUUCUUUUCGUUUUUCAAUGUUAACAAUUGAAUAUUUAAUUUGUACAUUCCAGUUCAGUCUAAAUCUUCAUCCCUUUGUUCUAAUUGUCUUUAUACUUUUUCUUCAAUGGUUUGUGAAAGAUUUGCAAUUUUCGAUUUUUUUUUCGUUGUUUCAUUUAGUGAAUAUGAUAGUAUGAAUAAAAUUAUUGUCACUGCCGUAUAUUAUUCUGCACUAAUCGUAAUCAUGUCGUUUUUCGGAAAUUCACUGUGCAAGUCAUUAAAAUGUGAAUUUUGAUGCUUUUUUUUCUCUCCUUAUUUUCAAUAAUAAUUGAUAAAUAGUAACUAAUACUAAUUGAUUCCUAUUGUUAAUUCAUUCAUGAAUAGUAUACAAGUCAACUGAUGGAUAUAGCUCUCUCAUGGAAAAGUAUGGAUAAUAAUCCCUUCUUAACAUUCCCUAGAAUACCUGUUGUACUCAUUUCUUGAUAUCUUUCUAUAUUAGUCACAUAUAGGCUUUUAAAAUGAUGUUUUCAUUUGAUCAUUAAAUAGUUCUAUCCAUGUAUGUUUAUGUGUUUUGUUUCUCAACGAGUGUACUCUCUUCUUUUCAUCUUACUAUUUAGAACGUCAACUUUCCAGUGUAUAGUUACUUGUCGAGUGCGUAAACGUUUGUCUUUGUAUAAUAGUAGUGUAAUGCAAUAAUUCAUUCAAGCAGUGUUUACUUCACUUGUAUUUCGUCUGUCGCAUACCUUCACAUUUAUUUAUUAAAAUAAUUUUCCUGUUACAUUUAUAUUUUUUUUAAGUGAAUUCUACUACUGGUGAUUAUACUGCUGAUUUUUUUCUUUUAACGUUUGUUUUUGUUGUUUGUCCAAUGCUCGUCAAAUAUUUUCACACAUGAAUAAUUGACUUUUUCACUCUACCUAUUUAUGUUCAUGAUCUACAUUAUCCUAGUUUAUGUUAAAUGAUUCAUCUUAAUAAUGAUGAUGAUGGCAUUUUUAGUUUUGUUCUCUCUUACGCUCUCUAUUAUUCUCAUCAUUAUUACCGUUGGUAGUCAUGAACAAUGAUGACAACAAUGUAAUAACAGUCUAAUUAUCAUACGCACAUGUUAUUUCUUCAGUGCUCUUGAAUCUGUAUUUUGUCAAAUUUGUAUGUUUGUUGCAGCGUUUUGUUCUAUUUUCUUCAUUGUUUUCGGUGGUUUAUAUUACCAUGUGAUGAUUGUACAUAUUUGUUUUGUGUCUGGCAGUCAGUGAUAUAAUUUAUUCCAUUGAUUCAUUUAUACCUGCUUAUUUACAAACAAAUGAUUACUACUUACUAGUAUCGAGUAAUAUCUUCUCUUUCGAUCAAUAGUUAUUCAUGCUUUACUAUUAUCUCUGGAAAAAUUUUCUAACGCAUACUUUUGUCACAUAUAUCACUACUACUGAUCUUGGCACAUUUUAUCGCUAUCCUCCUUUAUUCGUUAUUCUCCAUCUCAUGUUUAAAAAAGUCUAGAACAAUUUCAUAGUAUUGAAAAUGAAAUCCUCCUCACUACUACCUUUCAGACAUGCAAUCGAAAUAAUUUUAUUUCCGUUUAUCUUCACUUAUUCUUAUUAUGUUUUGCUCGACAAAAAAAAAUCUCAUUCAUUUAUCUGCAGAAUAUUGAAUAUUUAAAAAUUUAACUUAUCAUUGUUAUAAUUAAUCACUGUUAUUCUUAUUUGCCUGAUAUUUAACGAAAAGAUAUGUUUAUCAUAUAUAAUAAUUAGUUCUAAAACACUGUAUUCACACAGCAGUAUACAGUUCGUAGAAAAAGAGUAUUAUAUUUUAUAAUUUCUAUCAAGAAUUAAUCUCAAUUAGAUUACCAUUGGGAAGCUGUUUCAUCCUUGUGUGGGACUUAUCAGCAAUAUAUACACACGUUUUUGCUAGGGAUCAAACCCAGUACCUCCAAAUCAAUGAUUUGACAACCAAUGAUUCAUAGUUUCAACUUCAGUGUAUUUGCGAUGUUGUACAACCAGUUUCACUGGUCGAUAACCACUACUUCCGGGUUUUUUAAUAAUUGUCUAAGUACGAUCUGAUCCUAAUGUAUUAUUGCUAUUAGCUUUAUCCAAUAUUACAUUUUUGCUACCAUGUAGAAUUCUCAACACAAAGUAUUUUAACAAGUUUCCUCUUAUUUCUUCAAUAUUGAGUGGUCACCAGUUAACAGUGCAGUCAGUCGACAUCUAAAUAAUGUACAUUCUUUUCGCUGUAUAUUGCCAGCAACCACGAUAUCGCUUGGCAUGCGAGAGAGCCCGAG